GGGCCGCGAACAAAGGGCGGUACUUCCACGGCGCACUCGCACUCGAGGUAUAAACGUCCACUUAACUUGAGAUCCCUCCAUUCGCACAACCUCAACUCGACUCAUCACCAUCGCGCAAGUAUGUUCUAUCCUCAAGACUCAAUGCUUGUUUACCAGCAACCGUCUUACAUGUCGGGCAUGCCAUUAGCAAGAAGCCCUCAGCACCAUAGCCGCUCCACCUCCUUCCUCAUCGACGACAUCCUCCUAAGGCAGAGGCAGUCGCCUUAUCUUCUUCCCCGUCAGCAAUGUCCCCAGGAGCCGCAUUCCGCAGGGCUCUCACCACCAGUCAGUAGCCCUCUCGGAUCGUUCGGAAUGCAGUCGAUUCUAUCUCCACAACACAGUCGCGCCCACCGACCAGACGAGCAAAUAUACCAAGACCCCAGCCCAGAGGUGCUGAACUCGUUACCAGUCUACUUCCGCCUCAAGCCGACAAUUCGCACGCCGAGUGGCAGGAGAUGUCGAAAAUCAAGGACGGUAUUUACCGAUCUCCAGUUGCGCGUGCUAGAGAAAACGUUCAGCGAACAGAAAUACCUGGAUACUUCGAGUCGAGCAAAACUUGCACAGACGCUGGGGCUUAAUGAAACGCAGGUCAAAACUUGGUUCCAGAACCGCCGUAUGAAGUGGAAGAAGGAAUCUAACCGAAACAAAAGCGAUGCCGAGGAGGCGACAAACUCUACGGAGGGGGAGAGGGAAGAAAGACGUGAUUUAGACGGAGAGGAGGCGCAUGCCGAAAGUUCGGAAACCGCUGUCUCUGAAGAGCGCAGUGAAACGCCAAAGAUAGAUUAGGACUAUUUUAGGUUUGUGUAAAUAGAUUAUAUCCACAUAUACAACCGUAGAUGUCCAUUCAGGAUUGUGUUCAAAACGAAGUGCGCGGGGCGCUAUGCCAUAUGCCUCGCGACAGCAAUUCCCAGUCGUAAGCGACUCAGAAGACAAUGAUUGGCAACCAUAUAUAAGGGAAGCCAUUCACCUGUACAAUAAAGCUUUGCACGAGUGUCUCUCCUGAUUGAUCCACUGGAAACCUUCCCCGUGCAGGCAUGAUAUGCAGAUGAGACAUUUUUCUUGCAAGCUGUACAUAUUUUCUUGCUGUUAUAUGAGAAAGAUGUCUCAUUUCUAAUUGAAUGUUUAUAGAAUGUAUAGAAAUAUUUAGAGUGAAACAGCAGCUAUUAUUUUGCGUCGUUUGAAUGAGUGAAAAAUUUAUGUUAAAAGUUAUGUUUUUUGGUAACUUGUACAAUAAGUAAAAUUGUGGAACGAGGAUGAAUGCAUAUACAUAUAAUCAGGAUUUUUAUAAUAAAAAAAAGUAUUGUCAA